UUAUAAAAUUAAUUUGAUGGGUGUUGAUGUUCUAUUAUGACAGAUCACCAAUAUGAGGUUGAGGAGCUUGUGCUAAUUGAAGAAGCUGAGGUGGUGGAUUUUGCUGUUGAGCUUGUGCUAAUUGAAGAAGUUGCGGUGGUGGACUUUGCUGUGGAGCUUGUGCUAAUUGAAAAAGUUGCGGUGGUGGGCUUUGCUGUUGAGCUUGUGCUAAUUGAAGAAGUUGCGGUGGUGGACUUUGCUGUUGAGCUUGUGCUAAUUGAAGAAGUUGCGGUGGUGGACUUUGCUGUUGAGCUUGUGCUAAUUGAAGAAGUUGCGGUGGUGGGCUUUGCUGUGGAGCUUGUGCUAAUUGAAAAAGUUGAGGAGGUGGAUUUUGUUGUGGUGCUGGGGCCAACUGGAGAACUUGAGGUGGUGGACUCGGCUGAGAAGCUAUUUGAAAAGUUUGCGGUGCAGAAGUUGGUUGCGGAGCUUGAGCUAUUUGAGUGA